GCGGUCGCCCGGUCGAUGGGAGCCGCACGUCGGGGCCGGGACGGUCCGGGCGCCGUCGGUGCGCGGGAGGGUUGGAGGAGGCUGCGCCGUCGCCAUGGAGUCGGAGCCCGACGGACCGGAAAUAGUCGCCGGAAGUACCGCCUCCCGCGGCGACUGAUAGCAACUCCGAGUGUGAUGGCCUCUGGAGUGACGGGGAGUGUGUCAGUGGCAUUGCAUCCGUUAGUUAUUCUCAACAUCUCCGACCACUGGAUCCGGAUGCGCUCUCAGGAGGGGAGACCAGUUCAGGUAAUCGGUGCGCUGAUCGGAAAGCAAGAAGGAAGAAACAUCGAAGUGAUGAACUCAUUUGAGCUUCUGUCUCACACGGUGGAGGAAAAGAUAGUUAUUGAUAAAGAAUAUUACUACACUAAAGAGGAACAAUUUAAGCAGGUGUUCAAGGACAUGGAAUUCCUGGGCUGGUAUACCACCGGCGGUCCUCCAGAUGAGUCUGAUAUCCAUGUUCACAAGCAGGUGUGUGAAAUUAUUGAAAGCCCGCUCUUCCUGAAGUUAAACCCCAUGACAAAACACACUGAUCUUCCAGUCAGCGUUUAUGAGUCGGUCAUUGAUAUCAUCGCUGGAGAGGCGACGGUGCUGUUUGCUGAGCUGACCUACACACUGGCCACCGAAGAGGCCGAGCGCAUCGGUGUCGAUCACGUGGCUCGCAUGACGGCCACUGGCACAGGGGAGAACUCCACAGUGGCUGAACAUCUCAUCGCUCAACACAGCGCCAUCAAAAUGCUGCACAGUCGAGUCCGGGUCAUCCUGGAGUACGUCAAAGCUGUGGAGUCAGGCGAAGUGCCGUUUAACCACGAGAUUCUGCGAGAGGCCUACGCCUUGUGUCACCGGCUGCCAGUCCUCAGCACAGACAAGUUCAAGACCGACUUCUAUGACCAAUGUAACGAUGUGGGACUGAUGGCUUAUCUGGGCACCAUCACCAAAACCUGCAACACCAUGAACCAGUUUGUGAACAAGUUCAACAUCCUGUACGAUCGGCAGGGCAUCGGCCGACGAAUGCGAGGCCUCUUCUUCUGAUUCGCUGAGUGGGGGUGUACCCCACAACUGUUGGCAGUGUUUGCCUCCUGAAAGUGACUGUAGCCAGUGGAGACUUACCCCCACCCCCCUCCCUGCUCCCUCCCCAUCUCCUCGCCCCUCCCUGCUCCCUCCUCCCCUUCUCCUGCCCCGUCCCCCCUCCUCUUCCUGCCCUGUCCCCCGCUCCUCCUCCUCCUCCCCUCCAGGAGUGUGCCCCCGACUGCCUCCUUGCCCUGACCUGAUUUGCCAGGUUUUGCCCUCUCUGGGUUUGCUGCAUCCGUGCCAGUGAUUGGUUAGAUCUGACUCUGUGUAUGUACUGUGGGUGCACGUGCCUGGCGUUACUCUGGGAAGCGGGUGUGAGGCUGUGUGUGAGAGACACACCACGUGCAGGAGAAAUAAAGUUUCAGUGCGUUGUA